AUGAUAAAGUCGCGCAAAGCUUUUGGCUUGAUCAUACUCUUGUUCACUGCAGCUCUAACCCUUGUCUAUCUGCGGAACCUUGAACCAGAGCACUACCCUCCAGCAGCGCUUGGGGAGGACGAGAACGGAAAUGAGCAGGUACCAGCAACCGUAAAAUCACACCCUAUCCAUCAGCUUAUCUCCAAGAACGAGGUCGACUUCAAAGCACUAAGAGAGCGGCAAUCAAAGACUUUAGACGAGGCUGUAGGUGAGUACCGCAGACGGUAUGGCAUACCACCUCCUCCGAAUUUCGAUAAAUGGUUCAGGUUUGCGCAAGACAGAGGAGUACAAUUGAUUGAUGAAUAUGAUACAAUACACCAUCAAUUACUGCCCUUCUGGGCGCUCGAACCAACGGUCAUAAGAGAAAGAGUGCGUGAGGCGAUCGGCUUUGACAAUGCUCUCAUUGCGGUUCUUGUAAGAAAUGGUCAAGUCACACAUAUGGAUGGAGGAGGGGAAAUGUAUCAAUGGCAUAGAGAGGCAACACCGAUCAUGCUCAAGAACUUCAUUAAAUACCUUCCGGACAUGGACCUGGCCUUUAAUAUUCACGACGAGCCUCGAAUCGUGCUGCAGCACGACGAUCUUUCUCGCCACGUUCAAAUAGCUCUGGACCAAAACAUGCCUCGAGCAUUGAGAAAUUCCGGACUCAGGAAUGGCUGGUCGCGUCGCCCUAGCGAUAUGAACGCAGGUGAUCGUAUCAAGGAGUACAGGACGACUCGGUUCAAUCGAUAUGCCCAUCAAGCAACUUGGUACGACAGUCGCACUUCAUGCAAUCCGGAUUCCGCAGCUCGUCGCUUUCUAAACGAUACCCCGACCGACGAUACUAGCCCAUAUACCCACGAUUUACCACUGGGAUUUCUAGCAAACACAACUGCCUUCAGUGACAUCUGCAACACUCCCAGCCUCCAGCGCAGCUUUGGCUUCUUUGACCGACCUAAUGCUUUCGAUGUGGCUCACGAACUCUUCCCAAUCUUCUCCCAGUCAAAGGUAUCUUCAUUUCAGGACAUACUUUAUCCAUCACCUUGGUAUUUCAUGGGUCGAGUCAAAUAUGAGCCAGAAAGUGAUAUGCCAUGGAGCGAGAAGAACCACACUAUGUACUGGCGUGGCAGCACGACUGGCGGUUUCAGUCGAGACGGUGGUUGGCGUAACCAACAUCGUCAACAAUUCGUACAGAAGACCAUGCCGUUGGGAAAAGCAUCCUAUCUUCAUCACGAUGCAGAAAGAGACGAGUGGGUCGAACAAAGAGAUGAGAUGAAGAACCUGGACCGCUUCUUCGAUGUCAGAUUUACCUACGUUGGUCAAUGCGAUCCCGGAGACUGUGAUGCACAAAAAGAGUUCUUCGACCUUGCGCCACAUGUCAAUAUGUUUGAUGCUUUACAGUCGAAAUACGUUCUUGAUAUUGACGGCAAUGCAUUUUCUGGUCGGUACUACGCCUGGCUCUUGAGUAACUCCCUUGUAUACAAGUUGGCACUCUUCCGAGAGUGGCAUGACGAAUGGCUUACACCAUGGGUACACUACGUCCCGCUUGGCAUACAUGGGAACGAAUAUGUCGAAUCCGUUCGCUACUUUGACGAAGAAGAGAUCGGCAGACAGCAAGCACUCAGGCUGGCGGAGGCAGGAAAAGACUGGGCAGGCAAAGUGCUUCGGAAUGCUGACCUGGAAGUGUGGUACUUCAGGUUGUUGCUCGAGUAUGGGAGGCUGAUUGACGAUGAGAGGUACAACAUCGGGUUUCAGUUGUGA